AUGCACAAAUCCCUCAUCCUCUUGUUCGUCCUCGCAAUCCUCAACGGUGCCCUGGCCCUGGGUGACUGGCAAUUCCAAAUUACCAACAACGCCGGCAAGACCGUCACGGUCCCCGUCGCUGGCAAGAGAACCUGCGUCUGUCUCACGACCUCCCAGACCGCCAAGAUCAAGAACACCAACGGCGGUGUCAUGAAGUUGUUCUCGACCGCUGAUUGCACGGGCAACUUUUCGGUGCUUUCGAAGAGUGCUACUAGGAGCAAUGCUCAGUGGGUUAACAGCGCUUCGGUGGGUCAGGAUGGUAUUCCUUCGGGAGGACCUUACCAGUGUGAUCCUGCUAACUAA